CUUUGCGAUCCCAAGCAAAAACAAAUAUGGCGUCCUAUGGGUAAUCGUACGUGAUUUGAAUACUCCGCCGUCCAAUUGACGACAUAGAGCGGCGACAAGCACUGCGGAAACACCCCCAUUGCGGUGCUGCCUCGCCGCACCUGUAUUACAAUACAAAAUGUCUUCACCGAAGGCCAAACGCCCGAGUCGCGGCGGCGGCGGCGGCGGCGGAGGAGGAAGCCCGGUGCUCGGUGCCGCCAAUGGCCGCUACGAGUUCAAGUCGCUGAGCUCCGACUCGGCCACCGCGCGCCUCCGGGCCUCGGAGAGCCCCACUCGCCGCCGGGGCUCCAGCUCCUCCACCGGCUCAGCCGGCGGACACGGGCCGUCGGAGGAGGACGGCAUCCGGCUCAACCCGUCGCUUUUCCGCGUGGCCCUCAGCUCGCUGCUGGCCAUCGACCUGUGGCUGUCCAAGCGGCUGGGGGUGUGCGCCUGGGAGGACUCGUCCUGGGGGAGUGUGCGGCCCCUCAUGAAGCUCAUCGAGGUGACCGGCCACGGCAUCCCCUGGCUGGCUGGCGCCACCUACUGCCUCUACAAGAGCGACAGUGCCGCCGGACAGGAGGUCAUGCUCAACCUCCUCCUGGGUCUGCUCCUGGACCUGGUCCUAGUUGGCGUGGUCAAGGCGACGGUGCGGCGGCGGAGGCCCGCCCACAACCGCAUGGACAUGUUCGCCACCUUCUCCGUGGACCGCUACUCCUUCCCCUCGGGCCACGCCACGCGCGCCUCCAUGUGCGGCCGCUUCCUGCUGGCGCACCUGGUGCUGGCCGCCCCGCUGAGGGUCCUGGUGCUGCUGUGGGUGGGCAUGGUGGGGCUGAGCCGCGUCAUGCUGGGCCGCCACAACGUGACCGACGUGGCCUUCGGCUUCUGGAUGGGCUACUGCCAGUACAACCUGGUGGAGAUGCUGUGGCUCUCGCCGCAGGCCCUGCAAGGGCUGCUGGGACAAUUAGCGCAGCGAGCACACUGAAGGACUGCUAUUCAUUUUAUUGUUGUCAUAUUUGAGGAACAGCUACACUGUUUUUAUGUCCUCUCUGCAUUCCUUCGUCUUACGGCGCUCUUUAUAUUGUGAUUCAUUCAGCAGCACUGUCACUUUCCACGCAAAGUCAGCAGCACGUACUGUAAACAAUCUGUCAGCAAAUAAACAUCACAAGGAGA